AAAAAUAUCCGACCCCUCUCUAUCGAUACCUCGCAAAGCGACGCCUCCUAUAAAGAAUGUCUUCAACCACCACCACCACCACCGUCGCCGCCACCAUGGACCGCCGUACCUACUGGUGUCAUGAAUGUGACAUGAGCAUCUCUCUCAUCCCCUCCUCCAAUACCGCCACCGCCAACCUCCUCUGCCCUCACUGCAACUCCGACUUUCUUGAAGAGCUGGACUCCCCUAUUACUUUCAAUAACGCCACUAAUCCCAACUCCGAUAACCAUGAAGAUUCCAAUCAAUUGUUAUUCCCUUCGUUUCUCGAUCCGUCCUCUCCGGCGGCGGAGUACGCUAAUUCUUUCCAGUUCUCGUCUGUUGCCCCUUCCGACGAUAAUUUCCUCCUCGACAGCCCUUACUUUCACCGUGUCAUUAAUCACCUGUUUAACUCCGAGGACUCCAAUCCUUCCACCACCGCUACCACCUCCCGCCACCACUCCCCUGCGUCGAAAUCCGCCGUUGAAGCUAUUCCUUCGGUUAAGAUCACAGCUGCAUUCCUUGAAAUCGAUCCGGUUGUUAUCUGUGCCGUUUGUAAGGAUCAAUUUGUAGUGUAUGACGAAACGAAAGAGCUGCCUUGUAAGCAUAUGUACCAUCCGGACUGCAUACUUCCAUGGCUUUCACAGCAUAAUUCAUGUCCUGUUUGUCGGUUCCAGCUGCCUACGGAUGCGGUUGAUGGAGAUUCGAAAGUGAGGAGGAGGUCUAGGUCUAGGGUUUUGAGGUUGGGGGAUUUAAUCGACGAUGAUGACGACGAAGAACUGUUAGGGUUUGGAUUGAGGCACCUUGCUCGUAGGCACCGGCUGGUAUUUCCAGUGAGACACCAUCAUUUCCGGCAACCGCAGACGGAGGAGGUGCAGCCCGAGGAUUUCUUUUCUUCGACUCAAAUUGCGGAGGAGGUGGAGGUGGAUGCGCCGCCUGAUUCACGGCGGACCAACAGCUUAGAGACUGUGUCCAGUUGGCCAAACUGGGCUGUUGAUGGCGGAGCUGUUGAUGGGGAUGAAAUUACAGUGAAUACUGCUAGACUCGAUGAUGAUGCUGAUGUGAUGAUGUCUUGAACAUUGCAAAUAGAAGCUUCGUGUGAGUAAAUUUGAAGAUGAUGUAUAGUGGUUCUUAUACAAGGGUCCAAGGCACUUAAACAGCAUGAAAAUUUAACCAAGUGUAGAUUUGCUGUGGAUGGAUGCCUUUCUUUAAUGUUACUUUAUAGUAAACAUUUUUUGCCUUUGGAUUCUGUAAUAAAAGAUUAAAGGGCCCUUAAUAGAUCAACUCUUUCUUUUUUU